GAAUGAAAAGGACAAGAUCACUCUUCAAAAGGCCCACCAACCAAGUUUCCAUUUCUCAGUUAUAAGUUUGGGAGCAUCACCAUUGCUCUCUCUCAUGAGUCUCAUCAAACCAUUCACAAGAAAAUAACACUUUUUGUCUUGCGCUUUUACCCUUUAUCCGUUCAAUCAAUACCAGAAGACCCUUUUUGUUUCAAAGGUUUUAAACAUUCUUGGCGUCUUGGUAAGGUGGAAUUUUCGUUUGAUUUUGAUCCAUAAGGUGAAAACAAGGAUCAUUGAAGACACCCUUUUCGUCUCAUGAUCUUAGGUUAACCACAAGAUCCUUUUUUGUUCAGAGUUCAGACUAAUAACCAUGGCAUGUUCCUUGAAGAGUGUUUCCUGUGUUCCUGAAAUGAAAGGAGUUUUGGUGCCUUGUCCCUCAAAAACUAGCAAAGCAAAAUCAUGGGGUGGUUCUGUUUUGAGUAAUGCUUUCAUGGGUGAAUCCAUUACUCUUGAUGAAAAAGCCUCAGGGUAUUGCAGUUCAAAAACCUCCACCAAUGUCCCUUUUCAUGCACAAUCAACAAUUUGUGUCAGCAAGGCUUUGAAGUGGUGGAAGAAGAGUCUGAAGCCUAACAUGGUUGAGAUCCAUUCAGCACAAGAACUGGUCCAGUCAUUGCUCAACGCUGGUGAUUCAUUGGUUGUGGUUCAUUUCUUUUCACCUGGUUGUGGAGGUUGCAAGGCCCUUCAUCCUAAGAUCUGUCAAAUAGCGGAAUUGUACCCAAAUGCAAUAUUUGUGAAAGUCAAUUACGAGGAACUGAAAACCAUGUGUCACGCUUUGCGAAUUCACGUGCUACCCUUCUUCAGGUUCUAUAGAGGCGCGGAGGGACGAGUUUGUAGCUUCAGCUGUACCAAUGCAACUAUCAAGAAAUUUAAGGAUGCCUUGACAAAGCAUGGGAAUGAACGGUGUGGUUUUGGACCAGCAAAGGGUUUGGACGAAUCCGAAUUGAAAAUUUUGGCUUCUGUUGGUGAAAUAUCAGUUAAUUCUUCUCAGUUACCAUGUCCCAAGCAAGGGAAAUUUGAAGAUUUGGUCACGGAGAGCCACGAUUUUUCUGGGGUUUGGAACAUGGCAAGUAAUAAUAGCAGGGUAUUGAUUUGAUUUUUCAAACAAGAAAGUAGCCAAGUUUGGUGUUUGUUUAUUUACAGAGGGAAGAUUAUAAUGGAGUAAAGUGGCUCCAUAGUCCAUAUCAUUUAAUAUUUUAUUAUUUGUUUUUUUUUUUUUGCUGUAAAUGUAAAUUAUAAUUUUUGUUUUGUGGAGGGAUUUGAUGGGGGAUUGUAACAUUUCUUUUGUUGGAUCUGUGGCCCAGCAAUGUAGCAAUUGUUGCUGGGAUGAUAUCCUCUGCCCAGAUUUUGUAUUGUUCUCUAUAUCAUUUUGAACAUGGCAUGGUUCAUUGAAUCUUUAA